AUGUCUGUGGAUAUGGAUUUGAAGCCAUUAUCGCCCCAGAAGGAGCAAGAGAUUGCUUCUAAAAUCCUCAAGAGAGCUGAGCUGGCUCAGAUGACCCGUCAAUUAAAGCUUGGGCUUAGUAAAGUCGCGUCUCCUAAGAAAAGUUCAGGAGUGGCCAGCAACAACAAUGGUGUGAAUAAGAGUGUUGGUAUGCGGAGUCAGGUUUCAAAAAUCAAUGAAGGGAAGGGAUGUGGAUCAGGCAUUCUGAAUAGAAAUUCACCUACUAAGGUGUCGAAAAGUACUCCGGUGCUGAGUCGAUUGGUUAGGGAAAGCCGACACGCGGACCUUAUGACACAAGUAGUAGACACGAAGGAGAAUGGUGCACAUAGUCGAGGGUCGUGGCCGUUAUUGAAGAAGCAGCGCGCGCAGUGUGAGGGCCCAUUAACUGAGAUUCAAUCGAAGGCUAGUAGGGCGAAUUCGAAAGAGGGAGCGAGGCUGGUGGUGCCUACGACGCCAAAGCCCAAACGGCGUGUUAAUAAUACUAUGGGUGCUGUAGUUACAAAUUCGAGCACGGGGAAUUUAGGAGGCAGCAACAACGAAGAGGUAGGGGCAGAUCUGCUGAUGUACCUGGCAACUAGCCCUUACAGUUCGAUGAAGAAUUCAGCACAGAUAGGGUCACCUAAGAUCCCGAUGACCCCCUCGUACCACAACCAAGUGUCUGCUGCAUCCGAUGCAGUAAGGCUGUCACAUAUGAAGCCUUAUGGCUCUCCGCAGUCAGUAUUCAAAGCGCCAGGCCAAUCGAUAGGUGGGCAUUUCGUUAGCAAUGGAGGCUCAUCCUCUCUUCUAUCCCAAGGUAGCAUACAGGAUAUUAUGGACUCUCCAAAUUUGUCCCUGUACAUGUCUCCGUCGCCACACAAGAGGAAAAAUAGCAGUGGAUAUCUAUUACCUGCUUCUUCCAUUAUAGAUGCGUCCUCAAUGGGUGAUUCAUUCCGCCCCCCCUCCUCCUCCCAUUCCUUGACUUCCCGGCUUCUGCGCACACCUAAUUUUAACAUGAACGAUUAUGUCCACAACUUGUUCAGUCCAUCGCCAAGAAUAGAUUCAGGUGGCAGCUCAGGGAGCACACAAGACAGAAGAGAUUGA